GUCUCCUGUCGGCUUCUGUACGUCUACCCGGAAGUAGCUGCAAGAAUUCAAUUCAUUCACCAGAUUCUGCCCGGUUACAGCACUUAUUAUUAUUGUUUUUAUUAAUUAUCACUCUAUUUCAAAAUGCGUCGGAGAACGGAAGCUCCAGCAUCAAGCAACGAAGCCGACAAUGCCGAUAAGAAGGGUCCAGAUCAGAGACGUCAGAGCCCGGCUGAGGCCAACGGCGGAGUCUCUUACCGUUCCGUGCUCAUCAACCUCGGGAAGUGUUUACUUUUAAUCAUCAUCAUCCCUCCAUUCCUCAACUAUGCGUCGCUGCAGAGAGAAGGACAGAUGCUGCUGCCCAAAGAUGGCCAGAUCGUUGAUGUUGGUUUGGGUCAAAAGAUGCAUCUUUUGUGUAAAGGACAAGGGAAACCAGUUGUCAUACUGGAUUCACCAACUGGAAUGUCGUCAGACGUGUGGUUUCAUGUCCAAGAAAGUGUGGCCACACUAACAAAGGUUUGUACCUAUGACAGAAUGGGACUUGGCUUCAGCAAGCGGCUGAUGCCCAAUGAAACCACGGGAACCGAGAAAGUUUGGGGGAUGUCAACAACAGGACGGAUGGUGGACGAUCUGCACCGACUCAUCCAGGCCGCCUCGAUAGCCAAGCCCUUCAUCCUGGUGGGGUCUGAGCUCGGCGCGUUCAACGGCAGGUUCUACAGCCACAUUCAUGAUGCGCAAGUGUCAGACCUGGUGCUGAUUGAUCCCAUCCCAGAGGACGUCUUCGAGGAGGACCAGUGGAAGGAGUACUGGUAUGGUAAGGUGCUGCCGACAUUCCAAGCCAGACAGUUCUCAGCUGCUACAGGUCUGAGCCGCAUGCUGAUCAUCCUGGGGGCGAUCGAACCGACUGUCAAAGGCGAAAAUGUCUCGGAGGAGGUCGUCCAGCGUCAGAAAUACCUCCUGAGUAACCCCGCCCAUCAGAGCAGCGCUGUGGAUGAGCAUUACUUUCUGAAUGAGAGCGCAGCUCAAGUGAGGGACAUCACAAAGUUCAAGCCCCUCUCCAGCAGGGUGUCGGUGAGUGUGAUCACUGGAGAUUCUUUUGAUGAGCAGGUACCAGCGCACCUGAACCAGAUGGUCGCCGAGCUUCAAAGGAAGUUCCUGGAGGAGUCGUACCCAUCAGCCAAUCAGAUCCACAUAAAAGGAGCCGACCGACGAAUGAUCUACAAGAAGCCAUCUGCCGUCAGCCAGCAGCUGCGGAGGCUCGUGAACCAGCGACAGGCCAGACAGCAGAGCGAGUGACCCGUGGCCAAGACGUAACUAUAAACCCAGACCUGGACAGAACAAGAGCAGUUGAAUAUGGUUUAAAUAUUCAAUAAAAUAUUCAAGUUAUCUUUUUAAAUUUUUUUUUUUUUUUUUUUACCUUUCCUUGAAGCAAUCUGUCGAGAUUGUCUACACGUCUGGCGAGGUUCACAGAGGAGUCAUGUUAUUUUUCACAGCUCUACUUCAUUAGAAUUUAUUUUAAUUGAAGACGACUGGAGGGCAUUCUGUACGGUUGAAAUAUUUAAAGUCUCAGGAUUCAGGAAAAAAAUCUUAUCUCUCACCUCGUUAUUUCAGUUUCUUUUACCUGAUUGGCCAGAGCCAAGAUUUUUUAUACAUAACUCCGUAUCAAUGUGAAGGGCGUACAUACAUUUCACCGCUCAACCUGAUACUUUUAUCUCAUCCCGCCUCUGUCUCAAUAUUCCGCCGCAGGCGAAGGGACAUUGAGUUCCUGUGUCUCGGUCAUCUGUUGUGUGCAUAUAAUUGCGUUACAUCACCAUCAGAAACCGAGCUCUAUUUUUGGACUUGAUAUGAUUCAUUUAUUUUAAUUUGAAUUAGUCUAUUUUUGACAAACAUGAGCUGUUUUAUUUUAUUAUGUAUACAUGGUGAGUGUGAAAGAAAAAGCAGACAGUGUUGGUUUAUCCUGAGGAUUUAAGUUUAAUUAUGACACCACAUCAAAAUAAAAAUUUCCAACAGAUCUGGAAUUUAAUUCCAUCCAUAUACAUGCAUAGCAACAACGUUUUAAGAAACAUUUUUCUCCCAUAAUCAGGACAUUGGAAUGAUCAUUUUACAUCAGUAUCCCCCACUGACCUCCCACCCCUUCUUGUUCGUCAGCAAUAAACUUAAUUCUUGUA